AGGAUUUUAAAUGUGGGAGAGAGGUUGAAUAAUUUUAAACAGUGUUUGACACUUUAAUUGUAUCUCUCUUUCAUUGACUAAAGUCACUCUGAAAACAUUGAGGAGUUUUGACAAGAUUUUUCAUAGUUUGGAUAUAAACCAUUAUAGGUGUUGUGAUAUUUAAUAAUUCUGUGUGAUGGUCUCAGCAGGAAUGUUCUAAACUAAUCAAUUAUUGUGUCCUCUACACAGCAUGUAAAGAGUUGAACAGAACCAGUUUUAACCAUGAGUACAUAUCAGAUGAACCAGAGUGAUGGCGGACCCAGAUCUAUGUCUGGAGGAGGCCAGAACUACAUGGACCUCUCAAACAUGCCUCUGGAAAACAAACAGGAACAGACGAUGAUGUGGCAACAGAACCAGUACAUGGGGGACUCUGGUAUCCACUCUGGGGCCACCACCCAGGCUCCCUCUAUCAGCAGCAAGGGGGGCCACCAUGAUGACAUCGAGGAACCCCAAUCCAACAUGGAAACCUCCCACAUGCAGAUGUUUGAUUGGCCUGACCAGCAGUACCCCCAGCAAGGCUACACACAGGAACAAAUUGAUGAUGUGAACCAGCAGCUGAACCAGACCCGCUCCCAGCGAGUGAGAGCGGCCAUGUUCCCCGAGACGCUGGACGAGGGGGUCCCCAUCCCCUCCACCCAGGUCCACCCAGACCAGCCCACUGCUGUACAGAGACUGGCUGAGCCCUCACAGAUGUUGAAGCAUGCUGUUGUUAACCUUAUCAACUAUCAGGAUGAUGCUGAUCUUGCCACGAGAGCUAUACCUGAGCUGACCAAGCUUCUGAAUGAUGAAGAUCAGGUAGUGGUUGGACAAGCAGCCAUGAUGGUUCACCAGUUGUCUAAGAAGGAGGCCAGUCGACAUGCAAUAAUGAACUCCCCCCAGAUGGUUGCCGCCCUGGUCAAGGCCAUGAACAACACCUCUGACUUGGAGACCACUCGCUGUGCUGCAGGAACCCUACACAACCUCUCACAUCACCGACAGGGUCUGCUGGCCAUUUUCAAGUCUGGAGGAAUCCCUGCACUUGUCAAGCUGCUGAGCUCUCCUGUGGAAUCAGUUUUAUUCUACGCAAUCACAACUCUUCACAACUUGCUUCUUCAUCAAGAAGGUUCCAAGAUGGCUGUUCGAUUGGCAGGUGGUUUACAAAAAAUGGUGGCACUGCUGCAGAGAAACAAUGUCAAAUUUCUGGCUAUAACCACAGACUGUCUACAAAUUUUGGCCUAUGGAAACCAAGAAAGCAAGCUGAUUGUGUUGGCCAGCGGUGGACCAGGUGAACUGGUGAGGAUCAUGAGAUCAUACACAUACGAGAAGUUGUUGUGGACAACAUCCCGAGUUCUCAAAGUUCUCUCCGUCUGCUCCAGUAACAAGCCAGCUGUGGUAGAAGCAGGUGGUAUGCAGGCCCUGGCUAUGCACCUUGGACACCAGAGUCAGAGACUGGUACAGAACUGUCUAUGGACAAUAAGGAACUUGUCAGAUGCUGCAACUAAAUGUGACAACAUGGAAGGCAUCUUGCAAAUGCUUGUUCAGCUUCUCUCCUCCAACGAUCUCAAUGUGGUGACCUGUGCUGCUGGAAUCUUGUCCAACUUGACCUGUAACAACCAGCGCAACAAGGUCAUUGUCUGUCAGGUCAACGGCAUCGAGGCUUUGGUCAGAACCAUCUUACAGGCAGGAGACCGUGAGGACAUCACCGAACCAGCAGUAUGUGCAUUGAGACAUUUGACCAGCCGUCACCCAGAAGCUGAAAUGGCCCAGAAUGCUGUUCGUUUACACUACGGCCUUCCUGUUCUAGUCAAGUUACUUCACCCACCAAGCAGAUGGCCCCUCAUCAAGGCUGUAGUUGGUCUCAUCAGAAAUCUGGCCCUCUGUCCUGCAAACCAUGCUCCACUGAGGGAACAUGGUGCCCUGCCCAGGAUUGUCCAUCUCCUCAUCAGAGCCCACCAAGAUACACAGAGGAGAGCCUCUAUCAGCUCCAAUGGACAGGGAUCAGGGUAUGUUGAUGGUGUUCGCAUGGAGGAAAUAGUAGAGGGAACAGUUGGAGCCCUGCAUAUUCUGGCCAGAGAGGCUCACAACAGAGCUGUCAUUCGUGGUCUGAACGGCAUUCCUCUCUUUGUACAGCUGCUGUACUCUCCAGUGGAGAACAUCCAGCGUGUGGCUGCCGGAGUCCUCUGUGAGCUGGCCGCAGACAAAGAGGGAGCAGAGCUGAUUGAGCAGGAGGGAGCCACCGCCCCUCUCACAGAGUUGUUACACUCCAGGAACGAAGGCGUCGGUAAGGAGUCCUAUGCAACCUAUGCAGCAGCUGUUCUUUUCCGCAUGUCUGAGGACAAACCCCAGGACUACAAAAAGAGGCUCUCUGUUGAGCUGACCAGUUCUCUCUUCCGUGACAACCAGAACAUGCCCUGGUCUGAUGUCCAGCCCCCAGGAUUUGAGGAUGUGGGACACAUGAUGCCCCCAGCUGAUGAUUCCUACA